GAUUAUUUUGCCGCACCUCGUAGAAGCAGCAGCAGCAGAAGAAUGUGCGUUGUGCAGAAGAAGAACGAGUAGAAAUUAGAAGUGGAAGAAGAAGUGUUCCAUCGGGGCCUUGCAAUCGUUUGCCGUUGCCUCGCCUCCUGUGCCAAAGGCCUGCGGUGCCAUAUCGUACCGAAAGAACAGCGCCCAUCGAUUCGACAUCCGAAAGCUCAGUGUGCUGAUUUCAGCUAACCCAGAAAACGUCUACAGCAUCACAAAAGCAUGGCACAGGAAGGAGCCCAUCAUCGUGGCCCAGGUGCUGAAGAAGCCAUGCCCGGCACGGCUGUUGCGGAAGCUGGAGAUCGACGAAAGCUGAUGAUGGCAGCAGGGAUUUCUAUCUGUCUCGUUUUUUUUGUGAUAGCAAUUAUCGUUAUAGUCCUGAAACUUCACCAGGAAUCGUCGGGAAAGAAGGAAGACGGCUCUAAAGAAGAUGGCUUCUGCACUAAGGCUGAAUGUGAACAGUACGGAUAUUUUCUAAGCUCCUCCCUCGACUCAUCCGUAGAUCCCUGCGACGAUUUCUACGGAUUUGUCUGCAGCGGCUGGGACAAAGGACAUGAGAAAAGUGUUUUCUACGAACACCGUCGAAAUCAUCUAGUGGGUAUUGCGGAAACAGCAGAAACGGCUAAUGUACCAGAAACUGGCCAGAACGCAGUGCAAAAAGCUGCGAAGUACUAUCAGACCUGCAUUGAAAUCGCUAUGGGAAAGAGGUCAGAAACGCAACAGUUUAUUCAGAUGCUUCGAGCCGGUAAUGUCACCUGGCCCUUAGAAGCAGGAACCAAAGAUUUGCUCGCCGUAAUGGCUUAUGCACAGAUACACUGGGACUCCGCUCCUAUUCUCGAGUUUUCCAAAUCUCUGUUACCAAACGGCACGAUAGUAGUGAACAUUACACAAGGGUCGUUUACCUUCGUAUGGGAAGACAUUCGGCAGGACCUGAUCGCGAAAGGCAAAUACGACGACUAUUUUAAAAAAUCGUACGAACUCUUGCAGCGACCAGUACCGGACGACAAAGUUUUCAAUGAGACUUUGGGCUACGAGAAUCAGAUCAUGGAUAUUCUUUUACCCAGUAUGGAAUUCGAAGAAAUAGAACUUGUGUCUGAUGAAGAAUUUAAAAAUUAUCCCAAUAUACUUGAGUACGCAAGAUGGCGCAGGCUGUUCAAUGACGUUUUGGGGAUUCCCGAGCAGGCUUCAAUAGCAAUAUCACUGGAUACUUUACCUUACUUUCAAGCGGUGAACAAUGCAACACUGAAACUCUCGGAGGUUACAAUCGAGCAGUUCUUGGAAUGGGGCAUCAUAUUCGAGAUCGGUCAUCUGUUUAUGCCCGGUAUGGCUGAAUUAAUGUACGAGUCCCAUGAAAAAGCGGCAGACACAGCCAGAUAUCGGUGCCUUCUUCAUGUGGAGACGUAUAUGGGUACAGCUCUUGUCACGCCGUAUCUUAGCUCUAUCUUAGUUCAAGACGUGCUGAAGCAAGUCAAAACCUUGUUCAAGAGUGUCGUUGAGGUUAUACGAACAGAACUUCAGUUCGACUACGAGAAACACAUGGAACAGCAAAACUACACUGAAAUCUUUGACGGAUAUGAUCAUGUGAAACCAACAUCAGAGCUAGACAAGAAGUACAGCUCUUACCCUGACAUGGAUAAACUGUUCACGAAUAACCUCCUCAACGUCAUCGCUGCCUGGAGAAAAAACCCGGAUGGAGAGAUACCGUUCCUGCAAGAGUGGAAUUACUACAAUAUCUAUGAUGACAACACGGGUCGUUUUAUUGUUUUACCAUUUGUGAAUAAAGCACCCAUCUAUUCCGCUGUACUCCCCAAAAAUAUACAGUUAGCGGCUCUUGGAUCCCUUAUGUUAUCUGGCGUUAUGAAGGACUUGCUCCUCAACGCUGUCCAGGAACUGAGCGAACCCAAUCGCAAGAAGCUCACCGACGCACAACGCUGCGUAGAAAGUGAGGUCCAGCCUUCAUUUGAGAAAGACUUCAGAGUGUACGAGUCCAUUGCUAUGCAGUAUUUGAAAGCGGCAUAUGACAGCAUUGGCGCUAAGGAUAGCGAGGGCCUCGCCAAGGACAUGUCCAAGUAUUCAAAGCUUCAACAGAUGCUAAUAUCAAUGUGCUAUAUUCGUUGUACGGGGUCAGGCGAAACCAGAAAAGAUGCAUGUAACCUUCCGAUGCAGAAUUUGAAAGAGUUCGCAUCUGCGUUCAAAUGUUCUGCUAGCAGCAAGAUGAACCCAUCCAAAAAGUGUUCCGUCGUGUAGUGUACAAGCUCCACCUGACGGAUUGUCCAUUGUCUCUAUAACAUGCUGGGACUCUAGGAUUGAAGUGUACCCGCAAUUUUUGUUCGAAAAAUCGUGUUGUGCAUGGUCCCGCAAGGCAUACGUCCCGCAAGUAUUAAAGCAAAACAUGUCCUACUAUAA